CGGCCACCGUAGCGCUGUGACAACACGGCAAAGCACUUUGGUCGGACUCCGCCUGUGGCUAAGCUGUUAGCGCCUAAGUAGCUUCUCAGCUCGUCGUGGAUGCGGACAGUCGCGGCUGUGCUAGACAUUUGACUGGAGUCUGAGCGUCUGUCCGGGACUUGAAACCUUUGUGAUUGGAGGAAGAUGAGGCUGAAAGAGAUCCAGAGGACUGCCCACCAGGCCUGGAGUCCUGCAGGACACCAUCCCAUCUGCCUGGCCUUAGGAACGUCGGCACAGCAGCUCGAUGCCUCUUUCAACACCACAGCUGCCCUGGAGAUAUUUGAGACAGACUUUUCGGACCCCUGUCUUGAUAUGCAGCUGAAAGGGUCGUUACCCACCGCAAACAGGUUGCACAGCAUUGUAUGGGUGAACUUUGGAAUGGGAGAAGAUGGUAUAGGAGGAAGACUGAUUGGUGGCAGUGAAAAUGGCACAUUGACUGUAUAUAACCCAGAGGAGAUAAUGAGCUCUGGAGCGGACGCAGUCGUGGGACAGUCUGACAAACACACUGGGCCCGUUCGGGCUCUCGAUUUCAACCCCUUUCAGAGUAAUCUGCUCGCAUCAGGAGCAAAUGAUUCAGAGAUAUACAUCUGGGAUCUAAACAACUUCAACAGUCCAAUGACACCCGGAGCAAAGACACAGCCUGCUGAAGACGUCAGUGUCGUGUCCUGGAACAGGCAGGUUCAGCACAUCCUGGCCUCUGCCAACCCAAGUGGGAAAGCCGUCGUGUGGGACCUGAGAAAGAACGAGCCCAUUAUCAAGAUCAGUGACCACAGCAACAGGAUGCACUGUUCAGGAAUGCUCUGGCACCCAGACGUGGCCACUCAAUUGGUGUUGGCCUCCGAAGAUGACAGACUGCCGGUCAUCCAAAUGUGGGACCUCCGUUUUGCCACAUCACCCCUCAAAGUCUUUGAGAACCACACAAGGGGAAUUCUGUCCAUAUCCUGGAGCCAAGCCGACUCUGAGCUCCUGCUGAGUAGUGCUAAAGACAACCGCAUCCUCUGCUGGAAUCCGAACACUGGAGAGGUAAUUUACGAGCUUCCAACGACAAACCAGUGGUGUUUUGACGUUCAGUGGUGCCCCAGGAAUCCAGCACUGCUUUCAACAGCAUCGUUUGAUGGUAGAAUCACGGUCUACUCUGUGAUGGGAGGGAGCUUGAAGGCUCAGCAGCAAAGCGCAGCUGAUAAGAUAUCCUCCUCAUUUGAUACAAUGGAUCCCUUUGGUACAGGGCAGGUGCUCCCUCCCCUGCAAGUUCCUCAGCCAACCAUGCAGGACACCAUAGUUCCCCCUCUGAAGAAGCCACCUAAGUGGGUGCGCAGGCCAGUGGGGGCUUCCUUUGCUUUUGGUGGAAAACUGAUAACCUUUGAGAAUACCAAACUGCCUCCAGCGCAGAGCCCCCAACCCGUCCCCCGGCAAGUGUUUAUGAGCCAGGUUACCACGGAGACAGAGUUCCUACAACGCUCCAGGGAGUUGCAAGCGACGCUGCAGGCGGGUUCCUUCAACAACUACUGCCAGGCCAAGAUUCAGAACGCCAAGUCCGAUGCUGAGCAGGACAUAUGGAAGUUCCUUCUGGUUAAUUUUGAGGAUGAAGCCCGCAUUAAAUUCCUCAGACUUCUGGGUUUCAGCAAAGAUGAAUUAGAGAAAAAGAUUUCAAAAUGCCUGGGGAACAAUUUUCAACACAACGGACACGGAGUCGAUGCCAAAGAUCUGGCAGAAAAGAUGCAGCGGCUUUCCACCGAGAGGUCGGAUGACUCCGCUGCUGUUGGUGACGCCGCUCGAACAUCAGGUUCUGUUUCACCAGCAGACUUCUUCAGUCGGACCCCGAAGGAAAACUCAAACUUCCAGAUCCCUGUAUCGUGUGAUACUGAUGGGUUGAUAAGCCAGGCGCUGCUGGUCGGUAACUUUGAGGGGGCUGUGGAUCUGUGUCUUAAUGAUGGUCGCUACGCGGAAGCCAUCCUCCUCUCCAUCAGUGGAGGAGAAGAGCUGCUCAAGAAAACUCAGCAAAAAUACCUGAGCAAGCAAAAGAACAGCAUUUCAAUGCUUAUAUCAUCGGUGGUCACCCAGAACUGGCGAGACAUUGUACAAAGCUGCGAGUUGGACAACUGGAAGGAGGCUCUUGCCGCUCUUCUGACUUAUGCUCACCCUGAAGACUUUGCCCGCCUGUGCGAUACGCUGGGAGGUCGGUUGGAGUGUGAGGGGACAGAGAAGCGCUGCCUGCAGGCCUGUCUGUGUUACAUCUGCUCUGGGAACGUUGAGAAGCUGGUGGAGUGCUGGGCCUUGCAUAGAGACUGCUCUUCCCCUCUUGGCUUAGAGGAUCUGGUUGAGAAAGUGAUGAUGCUGCGCAAGUCAAUCGAGCGCCUGCGGAACAGCGAGGUUGCAGUCCAGAGCCCCGUCCUGGCCGAGAAGCUCACCUGCUACGCCGGAAUCCUCGCUGCAGAGGGCAGCCUGUCCACCGCCAUGACCUACCUGCCUGAGAACUCUGACCAGCCUGGGAUCACGAUGCUGAGAGACAGGCUGUUCCACGCUCAGGGAGAAGUUGCCGUUGGACAGCAGCCUCCAGAUUCCUUCAACAGAGUAAAUGUGUCGACAGCCAAGACUGCUCCUGCUGCUCAGGCUCCCGCACCAAAAGCACAAAUUAUGAGUCAGUACCAGCCCUCUGCCCCUUCCCAGGUGGCUGCACAAUCGCAGCCUCCUAUGCCGUCGGUUUUUACCCGACAAGCUCCUCCAACCAACACUGGGCCUGGUCUGCCGCCCUCCUCUCAUGUCCUGCCGCCCGGUGCAGCCCGCCCUGCCAUGAGGCCCUCCUACCCACAACACCCUGCUCCGGCUCCAGGUUUCCUUCCUCCUCAGCCAUUCCAGCCUCAUCCCAUGUCUAUGGGCGGACCCUCUGCUUUCCCUCCUCCUGGUCCCUCUAUGCCAGCUGCCAGCUUAUCAGGACCUCCGUUACCGCCUUCUUCAUCGACCCCCGGAGGUCUGCCCCCCAUGCCAAGCCCUGGGGUGCCGCCAACGGGCUUCAUGCCAUCUACCUCUUUAGCCGCAAGCUUCAUGCCACCCAGCUCCCAGCCAGGAGCCCCGGUUCCCAUGUACCCUGGGGGCCCCCACAAUCAGGGGCCUGCACCCCCAAUGACAUCUGGUCCCUAUGCUCCUCUUGGAUCAGGGUAUCCACAGGGAGGCCCCGGAGCUCCUGCAGUCAAGCCCUACCCAGGCCCUGCUGUUGCUCCUCCUCCUACAGGAGCUCAUGAAGGCUGGAAUGACCCACCAGCAGUCCGAGGUGGACCCAGGAAGAAGAAGGUCCCUGAUAACUACACUCCGCCAGCACCAAUCACAGCCCCUGUGAUGGGAUUCCCAGUGGACGCCCCUCAGCCUCACGACCACGCCCAGGUCCCCCCCGGAGCCCCUCAGGAGCCCAGCGUCAAGCUCCUCCAGCAGCUGCCUGCAGAAAGGGUGGAGCAGAAAGAAAUCCCCGCUGAGCACAUGGUCCUCAAGUCCACCUUCGACAGCCUGGUGCAGCGCUGCCAGCUCGCAGCGGGAGACCCUCAAACGAAAAGGAAACUUGAUGACGCAGCCAAGCGUUUGGGAUUCCUCUAUGACAAGCUGAGGGAGCAGUCGCUCUCCCACAACAUCCUGAACGGGCUCCACGAGAUCAGCCGCUGCGUGGCGAGCCAGAACUACCAGCGCGGCCUGGAGGUCCACACCCAGGUGGUCACCAGCAGCAACUUCAGCGAGAUCUCCGCCUUCAUGCCCAUCCUCAAGGUGGUCAUGACCAUCGCUAACAAGCUGGGCGUCUAACCCCCCACCCCUCCCGGGAGCUCCACCAACCAGACUUCAGUGUUAUCAUUUUGUUAUAUAUGUAUUUAUUUCUCCUGAUGACGUGCUUUCAUAAUGAGAAUAGCUACCAAUAAUAUUUGCAGAUUGUGAUCUUUGUCACUCUGUACGUGCUCCCUCUUCCUGGGGGACGCGGCUGAUUUGGGCAGUGAGGUGGGAUUUCUUUGGGGGGCUAGAGAUUUGUCGAUUGUUGCUGUGGUUAUUUUACAAUAAGAUGAAUGUAUUCUGAAAGUUGUGAUUCUGUGUAAAUUCAACAGUCGAUGUGAUAUACGAAGUAAGUUUGAAUGGAGCCGGUGCUUGUAACUGAAAACAAGUUGGUGCGUUUUCAUCGUCCACUUUACGCUCCUCUAACUCACAUUUGGGACUGAAUCGACUGAAUGCAUGCAGUGCCCCUCCGGCUGCAGAAACAAAACAUCCGGCACUAGCAACUCCAAUUGCUGUAGUAGGGGUAAGACUUUUGCGCUUAUUAUUCAACUGUUAGUGAACUUGGUUUGAGGGAGAAACGGACUGAUGCUCGUGGUUGUUUUACAGAGCGAGUAUUGUUGCACAACAGGCAUCAGAAGCAUUUAAAAACAAAACAAAAAAACUCACACUGAUUGUUCUCUUCACCUGCUGUAACAGAUUGUGUCCAGUUCAUCGUUGUGCCAUGAGGGGUUUUGGGCCAAAGCACUGCAGAAGGAAAUCAUACAGUGAUUGUCAAUUUUUUUUUUUCCUCUGUCUCAUUAUGAACUCAGCCCUAAUAGCUCUGUCAUUUCCUGAUGGUUAGUGUGAAUGAAAUGACUUUCCUCCUAUUGCCCUCAGACCUGCGUCAGUGUGCAUGUGUUCCGCGUCGACUCCUCUGACUGCUGAGUUCACCUGGCAGCUCGCGAAAAAAAAAAAUAACUUCCACUUAAUGUCGGGACUGAAAAAAUGAAUUGACAUCGUCGCCCGCUCCUAAUGUUAAAGAUGCUUCUCCUCAUCUCUCUGCCCAGUCCCUCUGUCUUUCAUCCUUUUGUAACUCUGAAUGACAUUUUUUUUUAUUAUGAUUUAAAUCAUAGUUGUUUUAGAUAUGAUCAUACAAUAUCAAUGAAUACUCUUAGGCGUGUAGCUGGACAUGCAGCUGGACAGUUUGGUUUAUCAUGGCAGCAGAAAGGCAGUAAAGUGCCUCGGUGUGCUCAAUUUGGUUGCACAGAUAUUUAUACAAUCCACGUCGCUUACUUUACUCAUUUCCGUAUCUUUUUUCAAAUAAAAUUCCUCUUCAAAGGG